GCUGCCGCGUGCGUGUGACGACGCGCGGAGCCGAGCGGAGCGCGCAGCUCUGGCGCCCGGCACGAGGAACAUCACGUCCAUGUUGCUGCUGGCUCAGGGUUCCAAGAUUUGGCCCCGGCUCUGGCCGCUCAGACCCCGGGCUCCCCCUAGGACCUUGGGGGGCGAGGCCCCGGGCACGCGGUCCAGAGCCUCGUCAGGGCAGGGCUCCCCCCGAGGCCCGCGGCUGCACACCAGGCUGCUGGUCACUGCUCUGUUUGGGGCUGGGCUGGGCGGGGCCUGGCUGGCUGCCAAGACAGAGAAGGAGCAGCGGCGGCGGCAGCAGCGGACCGAGGCCCUGCGCCAGGCUGCUGUGGGCCAGGGCGACUUCAGCCUGCUGGACCACAGAGGCCAGCCUCGGUGCAAGGCCGACUUCAGAGGCCAGUGGGUGCUCAUGUACUUCGGCUUCACCCACUGCCCGGACAUCUGCCCCGACGAACUGGAGAAGCUCGUGCGGGUGGUGCAGCGGCUGGAGGCAGAGCCUGGGCUGCCCCUGGUGCAGCCCAUCUUCAUCUCCGUGGACCCGGAACGGGACGAUGUGGCAGCCAUGGCCAGAUACGUGCAGGACUUCCACCCGAGGCUGCUGGGCCUGACUGGCUCUGCCGAACAGGUGGCCCAGGUUAGCCGCAGCUACCGUGUGUACUACAGCGCUGGCCCCAAAGAUGAAGACCAGGACUACAUCGUGGACCAUUCCAUUGCCAUCUACCUGCUCAACCCCGAUGGCCUCUUCACUGACUACUAUGGUCGGGGCAGAUCAACCGAGCAGAUUGCUGACAGCGUGAAGCAACACAUGGGUACCUUCCACAGCAUCCUGUCCUGAACCACCAAAGCCUGGGCUGCUAUUAAAUCGGUACAUUAAUGGUG